CGGCCAAGGCUGGAGGAGUCUGGCAGAAGCGGCGCGAGUCCGUUACUUUACGGUGCUGGGCGGCCACGGCGUGUGUCCCACCGCGGCCGCGCUCCCACCAGUCACUAGGUUAGUAAUGCCAGCCCUCAUGUCCGGCCGUGGGGAGGCCCUGGUGCUGCUGCUGCUGCUGCCCCGGCCGGUGUGGGGAGCGUGUGAGGCUGGGGGCGCUGUGAGGAGGAAGGAGGAGCGUGGGGGCGAGGCGCGCCAGCAAGUGAAACUUGCCGGCCCAUCGGCGGGACGCGAGGUGGCGGGUUUUCCCUUUUAGUAUCGUGUGUGAAUGUAGGUUACGGCAGUUUCGCUUUUCGAGUGGUAUGCGAUGGUUGGGUUCGUGUCUCCUGCGAGCGUGUGUGAGGCGCGCCCCAGCCCGUGAUCACAGCACGGUGCUCUCUGACUAUACGGCCUUCUUCUAGUGCAGUGUCGUGUGGCAACCAUAACAGUGGAAGUGUACAUAGUGUAACACAAAGUGACACCACUCUCAAGCCUUGGCAGUGUUAUGACCUGGAUUGUGCACGGAUAAUUGUGUUACGAGUGAUUAUACUCAAGCGAGAGUGACUUCCUCCUCCAAUAGGACCUUCAUACUGGAUACGAAUCAAGGACUCGUGACCGCGAUGGACGUGAGCCCUUCCCUCCGUCUGGACGAGCACUUCAAGGCCGACCUGUUCGACCUGGUGUCCUACUCGGAGUAUGACCUGGGCGCCGGCCUCGGGACGGAGUGGGGCGCCCUCGACGACAUCGUCGGCCGCACCGUCAACAACAAUAACGUGACGGUGGGCGACGUCAUGGCGCCCACGUGGCCCUGCAGCAACUACCAGGACCCGCCGACGCCCACACCCCCGCCCAUGAGCGUGCACCCGCCCCUCGAGAAGGACAAGGAGACGAGCGACAAAAUGUGGGGCGGCGGCGGCGGCGGCGGCGGCGGCGGCGGCGGCACCACGGAGAAGGUGGUCAACAGCGCCACGGGCAACACCAUCAUCAUCACCUUCCCGCCCACAGAGUCGCAGCCCGUCCCCGACACCUCGGAGGCCGCCCACAACCCGUCGCCGCCCAUGACGGAGCACAACAACCUCGAGCUCUUCACCUCCAUCCUCAACGAGAAGCCAUACGACGUCCUCGUGUCGCACAACCAUCGCUCGCCCGCCUCCGACUGCGUCUCCUACGUGAGCGCCGGCUCGGGCUACAGCGACUCCGGCAUCUCGACGUCGCUCGAGGACACGGCGUCGCCCAACGCCGGCGGACACGACCACGUCGACUUCGACCGCCUCGUCGACUCGGCCGUGGACUCGCUCGUAUACUCCCCUGGCGCGGGCGGCCUGCCCCCGGUCGACGACAGUUCCGCCAUGGACAGCAGUAGCGGCGCCUACAUGACCACGACGCAGCUGCCGUACCUGACGCCGGUGACGCAGAGCGGGGACGUGUCCUCCAUCCUGGAGGGGGCACUCAGAGGCACCGUGCGGCGGCCCGGCGGCCCGACGCAGCCUCUGCCGCCGCUCCCGCCGCUCACUAAGAUAACGGAGGCGAAGACGCUCACCCUCAUGUCCAACAUGACGCCUCUACCGCCCCUGACGUCCGCGUUCAAGGCGGAGCAGCUGAACGGCGUGGCCGGUUCGACGCAGAUCAGCAGCAGCAACGGCAUGUACGUCACGACCGGCUACGACUAUCACCCGGCCCCCGUCGAGGAGCUGACAAGCCUCGACGUGUCGUUCAACAAGCUGUCCACCACCAACACGAGCAAGAUGGACCAUCAGUCCGACUCCAAGCCCAAGAAACGCAAGUACACCAAGCGAGCGGCCGGCGAGGAGCCGUCCACCAAGGGCCGCCUCUUGCACUUCUGCCACAUCUGCAACAAGGGCUUCAAAGACAAGUACAGCGUGAACGUGCACAUCCGUACCCACACCGGCGAGAAGCCCUUCACGUGUGAGCUGUGCGGCAAGUGCUUCCGGCAGAAGGCCCACCUGGCCAAGCACAUACAGAUCCACACCGCGCCAAAGCCCCCGGGAAAGAGGUGAGCGAGGCCGAAGGUCUGAACCCUCGCCAAGCCAACCCUAGCCCCGGGCCGCUCUAAGUCGCGCCGGGCCACUCUGGGCCACGUCUGGCCAUAGUUGUGGGCCGAGAACCACGUCUCACUGUCGUACCUGCUCCUCGCUCUUAAGCCGUCCUUGCGUUAUUCACAGCUUCCUACUGUUAGAAGGAUAUGGGAAUCCAAUGAUUAACACUAUGUUUAGCCUACGGUGCAGCCAAUACUCAUGUGUAUAUAGCCACCACUAACCCGUACCCAAACUUGAGUUUUGCACUCACUUAGGACCUGUGUAGGAGAGUCUAUGAUUAUGUUAAUUGUUAUUUUCUACAAAAGAGAAUCACUGUAUCACCACUAGCUGGCUAGUGUUACACAUCCUUUUAUUUUACCCCCCCCCCCCCUCAUAAAGCAACUUUUAUGAUGAAAAGGUUGUACGAUUUUAAAUUAGGGUGCCAUUAUUCUAUAGCUUAUACUCUGUUUUAAAAUGAAGAAGAGAUUCUAUAAGCAACGUGGCGUCACGUUGCUGAGGCAAAUUAGCCCUAAGACAACCUGGCGUUGCGACCAAUUUGCUUCAGCUUCCUGACGUCGCAGAGGCGAGAGGAGACCGGCGGGAACCCGGGCCUCCUCUGCAGCGCAGAACGGACGGCGCACGUCACGGGUCGCCGCCCACGGACAUUCUGCAGUACUUGGGAAACGCUUCACUUUGGAAUCACAGCUACACCUGCUGCUGUCGAUGCUCAGUGCUGUAAUUGAAGAGAAGAAUCAGGCUGAACGGCCUUCGCUUCAGACGACAUCCGACCUCAGCGGACGCUCGGUCUGCUUUGGACAUGUCAUACUCGCUGGACAUACUGUCUGCUGGGUGAAUAUGCAGUAUAUUUGGUGAACACAGUGUACUGAAGAGAGAGGGAAUAACCCGACGCAGUAUACAAAAUGAACACGAAAUGUACUGGGUGGUCACACAGUUCGUUGACCUAAAAGAAGUACAUGGAACUAACUUUCUGAAAAUGAUGACUUACACAAGAGGUCUCCACUGUAUAAGGUGCAGAUUCCUUUCGUUGUAUACAGAAAAGAUUACGGUCUCUCAGCAUUAAAAGAAUGAUGCUGAUCUAGAUGUCCUAAAGAAAACAUUUUCAUCAGAGGGAAGAAACUCAAAAUGUGUCAUAUUGUGAUAUAUAUGUAUAUGUAUAUGUAUAUGUGUAUGUAUAUGUAUAUGUAUAUGUAUAUGUAUAUGUGUAUGUAUAUGUAUAUGUAUAUGUAUAUGUAUAUGUAUAUGUAUAUGUAUAUGUAUAUGUAUAUGUAUAUGUAUAUGUAUAUGUAUAUGUGUAUGUAUAUGUAUAUAUAAGUAAAUUAUAAUUUAGGGAAAAUUUGUUAGAAUUAUGUUAGAAUUCUUGGCACUACCAUUAAUUUUUUUUCUUAGUCUUAUUUUUUGUAAUUUAUGGGUUAUUUUAAUCUGGUUUUUCAUUUACUUUAUCUUAUAUUAUGUUCAUCAUUAUGUACAUAGGUUAAGAUUACUGACAAAAAGUAUUUAUUCUUUUCUAAGAAGAAAAUAAAAAUAUCUUUACCUAUGAGGUCCUAAUAUUGUCUCGUGCUCGCCUGUGUUGUCUUCAAAUUUCCUCUCUAUUGUUCUAACAUCCUAUUUGUUAGACUAUAGUUAUUGCUAAUAAAAGGGAGUUUCAUACAUUAAAACCCUAUUCGUUGUAUAUGGUGAACACGUUGCAUAUGUACAUGAAUGUAAAUAACAAUAAAAUCUAGCCUACUUAGCGUUAUUUUCACCGUGUUAGCUGUCGACUGCCGCAGACUGUCGUGGGGUUACUAGAAACAAAAUACAAAUCUUCAGCAAUGAGCUUAUUUAGGUUUAUAUUUUCAAUUGCUAAUGACUGAAAGGCCAAUUAAUAGAGUGCGUAUUAAAUACUUUAUCAGGAAAAUGUUGGAAUGAGGCGUCUUUAGUCUUUUAUUAAUUGAGAACACAAGAUAUGAAUAUAUAUUUUUAAAAUUUUUGUAGUGUCUAAAUGGUUUGUUUAAUUGCAGCUACAUAAAAAAAAAAAAAAGAUAGACAAAUAAUCAAACCGUACGAGUGACCGUUGAGAUCAAUCCACACACUGCGAUUGGUUAGCCGACGGUGUUUUAAACACGUUGUGUGACGUUCUGCACGAUGAUUGGCUGCCAAAAUCUGAACGAACGCUGUGAUUGGAGGAGAUCUGGAACCCUGAACCCAGUCCCUGACACUUUCGUAGAUGGUACAACUAUCUCUGUUAAGUUCUUUUACUUGUUUCGCCUUUUUGGACGAAAAAGCUGGUUGCACUUAGAGUGAGGGUGCCAGGCCAAUUGCAUCUGACGACACCACGAUUGAUUACAUAAUUGUACAUCACAUGUAUAUUUAUUUAUUUAGGUUAAAUUAUGUAUUUAAAAUUGAAUCAGGAACUCAUCCUCCCACUCGAAUCCUGAAGUGUAACCGGGAAGCCAAGUCUUAAAACGGCGGAAACUCUUUUUUUUUUCCUAUAGGACUAAGAAGAAGAAAAAAUGUGUGUAUGAUUUAGCGACCUUAGAAAAUUUAUUAAAGAAAUGGUAUUGACUCUCCUAAUGAAAGCUGAAGUAAUUUAAAUGGAAUAUUUACCUGCGAAAAGCACAAACAUACGUUCGAUCAUUUGUCAGUUUAGACUAUCUGUACAAGUCGCUAAUUCGCUACACAAUAUAUUUUUUUCUUCAUAAUGUAUAUUUCAUUUUUUCCCCUCUCAGUUUCCCCUUUUCUCUUGUAAUAGGUUUUAUGAUGAAUAUUAUUAUGUAUCGUAUCAUAUAGAGAUUUCAAUUACUUUUAGUUGCUAUGCAGUAUUUUAUAUUUGGGGACGAAAUGCGCAAUAUUGGCACUUGGUUUGGAUUCAUCAAAGGCGAAUAAGAAAGAAUAAAAAGGGUUCAGUCCUUUUAUAACGAAUUCAAACCUAAGUCCCAAAAUGUCUGCUGUUGUGACGGACGUAUAAAGAUGCAAUACUUGUGUAAUACUUUUUAAACUCCCGUGUUUUUUCCCCUUUCCAUUUCUAUCUUUUGUUAUUGUUACCUGCAUCCAUUAAGCAUCAUGACUGUUCAUCUAACCAUCACAUUCUGUUGCUCCGUCGUUCCCUGAAGCUAAAAAAAAGGUCAAGUGCAUCAGAGAGAGAGAGAGAGAGAGAGAGAGAGAGAGAGAGAGAGAGAGAGAGAGAGAGAGAGAGAGAGAGAGAGAGAGAGAGAGAGAGAGAGAGAGCGAGCGACUGCGUUAGAAUUGCUUCCCAGCGUCAGAAGCAGAAGGCAAGUGGGUGUCGCUGAGUCUCUGGAGUGUGUGGCCAAGAGCCUCCCAAAACGUCGGUCAUAAUCUCCUCAGAGUCGUGCCUUUUGGCCUCUGCUGUGAAGAGCGUCCGUCGCCCUCUUUCCACAGAAAACGAUGACGUUUAUUGAAAUUCUGCGUCCGACCGAGAGAUGGCCUUAGCAUCCCAUUGCUCUUGGAGAGACCAAUGCCAUCUCUUGAUUGAUGCCAGAACUGCAGAGAGCUCGACGGUUCCCAUGACUACUGCCUUUUGAGGGUGUCACUUUUGGCGCUGAUAAAGUCAGGGGAUGAGGGAUCCAAUGAAUAAUGAAAGCCUUAUAUUUUUCUAUCGUUGAGAAAGUCUUAUAUUUUAAUUUUGUUACCAAAAUCAAUAUAUAUAUAUACACAGAUAUAUAUAAAACUUCUACGGAAUCAUUGCAGCUUGCACAGUGAACAAUGAUUUAUAGCUAGCAAUAUGCUGUUCUCCAGAACUGUUGCUGAUAAUCUGUUAUUCAGCUAAGGUAGUUUGUUAUCAAGAUACUGCAAUAUUUUGUCCUGCCUUCAAUGAUAAGAAAAGGGUCAUGCCAAUCCCAAUUUUCUUCUGUGAUAUUCAAAGUCAAAUCGUUAUCGAAUUUGUUAUGCUUUUCCUUUAUUGCGUUCCACUGGUUUCUCUAUUUUUUUGUUCUUGUUAUUCGUUAACCUGCCCAUUACAAACACAUCCCCCUUUUCACCCCCUUCCUCAAGUCUUCAUAGAACCGAGUUACAUAUUUAUAAAAACAAAAUGCCAAAAAAAGAAAAAAAAAAAGAAAAUGUAAGUUACCUCAGUCUCUCUAAAGCCUCAUUACCUCUUCCAAGGCUCAGGUCAUACACCACGGUUUCAUUCUCACUGUUGAUUGGUUAUUGCAGAAUCAGGCGCAACGAUGAUUGGUCCACGUGUAUCUUACGUCAGAGGAGAUAACAUCAAAGCUGAUUGGUUGAAUAGCACCAGGCAAAUGAAUGAUUGGUCAAGCGCUUAUGAUUUUCGAUGACUCUCUUUGCUGAUUGGUUAACAAAUGUUUUCCGUUAGAGGGCUGUUAGAUUUAAAAAACUGAGAACUCUUUAGCGUCACAGUUUGUAUCCUAAAGGAACGCUGAUAUAAAAGUAUUAAUAGUAAUGGUAAAAGUAAUAAUAAUAUUGGUGAUGAUAUAAUGGCGUUAAUUAGUAUUAUUAAUGUCAUAUCAUAAUUGUUAACAUUAUUUUUUGUUAAU